AUGGAUUUUUCCAGUAUCAACAGUGGAAAAAUUGGCCAGCCCAAAGUGAUCAAAGUUUGGAUGGCUUAUUACCUUUACGAUGAGGAAGAGAAUUCGCCAGUUAUUGAUGACCUAUCGGUUGAAAUCGGAUGGAAAGGAUCAAAGGACAGAGAGAUGAAGACCUUAAAGUACGCCAAGGUGAGGGAGAUGGAUGGAGGUGAGGAUGCAAUAGCAGACUUUGGGCUCAUGUCUUAA